AUGUCCUCGAAGGUUGGGAUGGAGGACUUCACGGCCACCCGGCCCAGCGCCGUGAUCGUGCUCGACCUGGAAUCGGAGGCUGAUGUGCUGGCAAGGGUUAGCGGCCGGAGAGUAGACAUGGCCACAGGUGAGAUCUACCACCAAGAGUUCCGGCCACCGCCGGCUGGGGACUCCGGCGACGAGGACGGUGGCGUAACCGUGGACGCCCUACCCGGCGACGGAAUCCCCGGGGCCGUCACCGCUAGGCUAGAGUCUUACCGGCGCAAGUGCGAUGACGUCGUGAGAUCAUUCGCGUCGACUGAGGGAGGAGGAGGAGGAGGAGGUGCCGCCGGCGCGGAUGGCGAACAGAAGCAGGGGCAGUACGGGGACGGAGGAGCGGGAGGGGGGGACGGAGUGUUUCAGUGGGAUGCUGGAGGCGGCGGGGCGGGGGGCGAGGGCAACGGUGGAGGCAGCGGCCGGCGGGUGCCUCAAGAGGGCGUAAUCCAGUUCAUUCGGUCGCAGGAGGGCGGGGCGUUCGGGCGCGUUUCGGUCCUCGACGCCAACGAGGCCGUUGAAAGUAUCCUUGACCAAGCCGUGUCGGCCGUCGACGCCUGGGUGUCUGCCGACCACCUGGCGGUGCACGGGCGCGGCUCCAGCUCUGACGGCGGGUCCACUUCGUCCGCCGCCCUUGCUGCCCUGCCGCCUAACGCCUUCGCGGUGACCCUCUUCUGCCUCGAGUCCAGGCUCGAGUCUCGCGCGGCGGACUUCCUGCCACAUGCUUUCCUGCUGUACCCUGACCGAGACUAUUGCGUGCUCACGCUUCCAUCGGUGGGCGCGGAGAGCGUACUGCUCCGGCACUUCUCUCCCGUGCCGGCUAGGCCGGGUUCCGCGUUCAACCAUGUCCUCUACGUGAUGCACAGUCACCGGGCGGGAGUGUCGCACCUCGUAGAAUGCUGGGGCGGAGCCGACUUGGUCAUGGCGGCGGUCAAAGACGCCGAUCAGCACCAAAACCAGGAACUGAUGGACAACCCGCCCUCGGCGGCGUUCGUGGCCACCAUGGGUCACCAGGUGGUCGGCGUGUUCGUCGCCAAUCGGGAGGCGUGUGGGGGCGACGAGGUGUCUCGCCUCCGGUCUCUGUUCGAGCUGGAAGACUUCAUCGCGUUCGAUCGACACCGGCCCAGGAACCAGGCCGUCAUGACGGCGCUGGCGCUGAACCCCAUCUUUGCUGGGCACUGCCGCUUUGCCCUGAAAGAGGUAAUGCGCCUCUACGACAAGUCCGUGAUCUACUGGUGCUCCACGCCCGGCUCCGACCUCCCCAAAUCCGUUCCCUGGCACAUGAUUCCCGUGAGGCCGCGCCACCAGAUGCAGCCACGGCCUGGAGACGUCGCCCCCACCUACACGGCAGGCGGGGGGCGGAAGCGAAUCGACCAUGAGCCGGCGGCGCUAUACUUCCUGUCGCGGCGUUUCGUUACCGAGCCGAAGGUCACCGCCAACCGCCGCGUCGUCGUAGUCGGGGCCUCGACUACCGCCCUCGCCUGCCUCGAAGGCCUGGCGUUCACUCCCUAUCUCAACAUCACCAGCCUUACCCUUGUGUCCCCCGACGGAAUACCCUCGGUCGCCACCGGAGCAGCCGAUGAAGCCGCCAAGCCUAUCGGAAGUGGUGGUUGUGGUGGUGGCGGCGGGGGGCAAGAUUUUGGUGGCGAUGGAGAGGGAGAGGGAGAGGCCGGAGAGUUGGCGGCGGCGGCGGCGACACUGUCCCCGGUCGACGAGGACGCGCCCGAUGCCGACCGGAUGGCUCGGAUGGGCUUGGAGCGGCAUGUUCGGGUCGUUAGAUCGCGCAUGGUCCACCUGGACCGCGAGAACGGCGCCAUCCUCCUCCCCGAUGGGUCCGUGGUGCCCUACGACGUCCUCGUGCUGUGUACCGGCCUGCAGGACGACACGUCGCGCCGCCUAGGGUUGUGGGCCCCCGGCCUAAACCCUUCCAGCCCGGGCGUCCCAGGCUUUAUCUCCCUGGACUCCCCCUUUCUUCGGGUGGACGUCGAGAAAGCCGUCGCUAAAGCCCCGCCGGACGCCGGCGUGGUGGUGUACGCCGUCGCCCUCAAGGCCCUCUGCGCAGUGCGAGGGCUGAUUGACAUGGGCGUGGCGCCGGGGAGGAUCUCGGUGGUACGGCCGUUGUCGGCUGGCUCGGCGGCAGCGGCGCCGAGGAUGGCAGACGUGGCCGUUUCGGCGGUAGACGACGAGGAGAAAGCGGCGCCCCCCGGCAGUACAACAAGAGGGAAAGGUGUGAAGUCGUCGUCGUCAACGUGGUCGCUCGGAGACGAGGCGGUCGACACCGCAGCGGUCGCCGCGGCGGCCCGGGCCGGAAUCAAUGACGCCGGCGAGCGCCGACUUGAGGGGGUGCGGGUGGACUCCGAGGGAGGCGUGGCGGCCGCAGUGUUUGCGGGCAAGGGCGUCGACGGUCGAGGUGGGGGUGACGCAAGCGGGCGGAAGCAGCGCCGGUCGAAAUCUCACGAAAAGGGUGAGAAAACCGGCGCUGCGAAGACGGCGGUGGUGGUGGCGGCGGCGGCGGCGGCGGCCGGGGAGGUGACGGACCGAAGGGGUGGCGGCGGCGGCGGCGGCGACAACCACUCCACGGGAGAGGAGCAAGAGGAGGGCGAAGAAGACGCCACGAGGAGCGACUUCCUUGCGUGCGGCCUGCUGCUGUGCGGGGACACGCCGAAUGUCGACCCAGACGUGUUUAGGGCGGCCAACAACAGCGGCCUCGUAUAUGACGGGCGCCUUGUCGUCGACCCGACGUUCAGGACCUCCGACCCCGCGGUGCUGGCGGGAGGAACCCUGACAAAGUUCUCGAGAGUGCACGGCUCGGGCGCGCCCCGGCACGAAAAGUUCAACGCGAGCGAGGUUGGCACCCAUCUCGCCUCGUGCGUGCGUCAGCAAAUCGACCCCCUCUCGCUCGCACAAAGCACAUGCGCCGACGACCCCGACGCCAUCGUCGACGGUUGCGGCUCCGAGCGCUACACUGAUGGCGGCGGCGGCGGCGGUUCACGCCAAGGAACGGCGUACUCCGGAGCCUCUCCUUUUGGCGCCCGAAGCAGCCCCGUUACCGCCCUAGCCCCAGCGCCUCGACUCCCGAUCUUCGAGAAACCUCGGUGCGUGAGCGGAAAGCUCCCGGGCGGGCUGUGGUACGUUCGCGCGACGCUGCCGCCAGCGGAUGAGUCGUCCAAGCGUCGAGGCGAAGGCACGGGCGGUGGUGGAGGCGACGUUGGCAGCGACGCGGAAGGCGGUGGGGAGAGCGAUGAUGACGGCCGCGGCGGAGAAGAAAAGCGCAGCAGUGCCUCUGGGGGGGGCGAUGAGGUCAAGUCUUUCACUACGGGAGCGAUCGUGGUCGGCGGUGGCGGUGGGGAGGACGACGACGACGGCGGUGCUGCCUCUGACGAGGGAGGAGGGGUCACGGGCCAGUACUGUUUGGUGCGGGUCGACUCGCUAGAUCGGGUGUGCGACGUCAUCUACUGCGGCCGGGAACCCGUGGAAGCGAAGAACCUCAGCAAGGUCGUAGGGGUGCAGCUGGGCUACCUCCAGGGCCUAGAAGCGGCGUUCGAGCGUGGAGGGAUUUCGAGCUGGAUCGAUUUCUUCCGGCAGGGCGCGUUGACACCUCUGUACCACGACCGUUUCCCCAUGCUCUCCGAGGAUCUGAGGGAGGCGUUUUCUGACGGGGACGAGGCGGCGGCGAACCUGCUGUCCGCCUUGAACAAGGGGAUCGACGACGGUAUGAACGACGACUGGCUGUCUCUAUCGAUCCGCAAGGCCGUUGGGCCCGGCGCUUGCGAGCUGCCUCCCUCCACGCGGAAAACGGCAGAGGCUCGUGCUCUGGAGUGGGUGAGGCGGAACCGUGGACUGCUACCGCAUUUGGCUUUGCCUGUGCCUCAACAACCUGCCUCUUCCGCUGCCGACGGGGUUGUUGGUCGUAGUGGCCCGGCCGUUGUGAAGGCCCGGGCGAGAUAG